AGGUCACGUGACAGGCACAUUCUCGGCAGCCAACAUGUCGACGAUAAAAGUAAUUGGUGUGUUUUCCAUAAUAUUUGGAUGUUUUGCGAUGCUUUAUCCUCGUUUUCUCCAUCCGAUUGUUUUGAAAACGUUUGGAAUGACACAGAAAUCGCUAGAAAAUGAUAUUUUGUCAAAUGUUCAAAGUCCCAAAAUUGCAGCAAUGAACCAAAACAGACCAAGACCUGGAGAAGAUAGCCGACCUAUUCGUCCAAACGCUCACCCAGGUUUGCGAGCUGCUUCUGAAAUGAGAGCUCAGCAACAACAAGCAGGAAGUGGCCGGGGCAUGAUGGGUAUUGUCUUACCCAUGUAUGCUGUGGGCAUUGUUCUAUACUUAAUAUACACCUUGGUCAAGGUUUUCAGUAAAAAAUGUGACACUGAGAAAAAAGAGAAAGAUCCUCUAGCCCAGCUGCGUAAUUUCAAGUAUGAUGAUUGUAAAGGGAAAUUCACAUUUAGCGAUGACUUUGAUCCUGAAGAUGAUUUCCGAGAUUAUCUUCACAAAAAACACAAACAACAAGAACUUGAAGAGUUAAUCAGCAAAGCAGAUGACCGUCAUAUUACUGAACUUGAAAUGCGUCAAUUACAGCAGCGUUUGGAAGAAACCGAAACUCAAAUGACUCGCAUUCUGCAGGCCAUGCAGUCUGUACAGCAACAUGUCAGUGGUGUUGUUGAUAGAGCUGCAGGCAACAUGAAGAAUCCUUCAACAGAUGAAGACUUAAUCCAUGAGAAGGAGGUCAAUAAAGAAGAAGAGAAGAAGGGAACUACGAUGAAACCUGAAUCAUUGAAAACUAAUGAAAAGGGUGGCUGUAAAGUGCCAACCUCAGAUUCUACCCCGGAUCUCGAAAGUUAUGAGGUCCUGCGAACAAAUAGCCAUGACAGUCAAGGGAGCAGUGAUUAUUGCUGGCUAAAUGGCAGUGGAUCAACGCCAAAUUCUCCUGAAGUUGAAACUGUUUCUUCUGUGAUAGAUACUUUUGCUAAAAAAGAUGAAGAAUCUGCUUCAGCAGAGCCUGAAAGUUCAACUAACAGUGAAGUUCAAGAAAAAGAAAAAGACUCAUCGCAUGAUAUUCAAGAAAAUGAAGAAAAUAGCAACAGCAAAGACUCUGAUUAUUGUAAAACUGAUGAGCAAGAUGUUACUGUGGAAGACAUCGGAUCAGAAGAAAAUUGUACAGAAGAUGUUAUAUUACGGAAACGGAAAGGUUUACCAACACUGAAUGAUUGAACUUCUGUGAUGGAUUUUGGUCCCACCAUCCAUUAGUUACGGCCUCUAAACAACUGGUCUGCUCUUGACACUAAAUAAUUUCACAUGGUUUCAAAGUAAAUGUAAAAAAUGGGUUUUUUUUCCAAUACAACUAAACAAUAUUCCUGAUACCCUUUUUUUUUUAUAGUCCCCAGUAAAUAAACUUAAUAACCAUUUUGUUUCUUUUUACUUUAUAUGCAUGCAUAAAGUACUGAAGAGUGUCAGUUUAGUUCUUAAAUACCCUAGAACAUAUUUAUUUCUCUGUUUUUCUUUCUUUUUUAUUUGAAAAUAUUUUAUUGAGAUUAAUAUUUAAAAAAAUUAGUUUAUCAUUUUUACCUCUGUGAAUAAUAAAAAUGAUAUUGAUAAUAUAUAUUUAUUAUUGAUCAUGGUCAAUUAAGAUCUCUUCUUCUAGCGUGUUUCUGUGUAUAUAGAUACACAAAUGCACAUCUGUGAAUGAUUAUCAAUCACACAAAAUAUUAAAAGGCAUACACAUGUGGAAACUCAGACACUUUUGAUAUUAAUUUGGGUUUUGUCUCAAAAUAAUGCAAUUAUAAUUGCUUUCAUCACCAUUUUUUUUUUACCUAACUACAAACUCUGUAAGGGUUCUUGAACAAGCUUAAUUUUUUUUUUAUCAAGUGAAAACGGUUUGGGAUAAUUCAGUAAGGAACUUAAUUCCAGUCAAUUUAAGGCUGUAUCUGUUGUAAUCUGAUGACUCCUUACUGUUUUCAUCAUACUUAAGAUGGAAUUAAUAGAGAGAUAUAGUCUGUCACACAGUUUUGCAGUUACCAUUUUCCAAAAACUCAUAAUUUUAUUCCUAAGCAAAUUCGAUGUAUAGAAUUAGCAUAUCUGUGCAUUCUUAAACAAGGUAUAUGACUACUUAACUGUGUUUUACAUAACGAAGAAGUUAAUUAUAUCAUUAACUUCAUGUUUUAGUGAUUAAUAU